CAGGGCCUCGACGCAGCGAGCCUGGGCUGCAGCAGCCGAUCGCUGCUCGAUGAGCAAGUCCGGCGCAAAGACUGCGAAGACGGACGCCGUCAAGGCGUCCCGGAAGCGUCCCGACCCGGAGGGCCUGCGCCUCAUCGAGGAGGGCGAAAAGGCGUUCGAGGCGAAGGACUUUGUGGCGGCGACCGAGCGGUUUGUCGCCGCCAAGGCUGCGUGCGACGCCUCAACCGUCCAGGCAACGGCGAAACCGAAGAAGGAGAAGCCUCCUCCCGCCGAGAAGGAGGCCGUGGCCGACAAGGAGCCGAAGCCGGCCGACGGUGGCGUGGAGCAGAAGCUAGUGCUCAAGCCCCCGGUGGAAAACAUCCAGGCAAAGCCGCUCCGGCCAGACAUAGACGCGGCGCACAACUACGCGCUCAACGCGGCGGAGGAUCACGCGGCCUACCUCAAGCGAACGGGCGGUGGGAUCCGCACGCGCUUCCCACCCGAGCCCAACGGGUACCUGCACAUCGGCCACGCCAAGGCGAUGAACUUCAACUUUGGGCAGGCGCGGCUGGCGCGGGAGGCGGGAGGCUCAGGCGCGACGGUGAUGCGGUUUGACGACACCAACCCGGCGGCGGAGAAGCAAGAGUACAUUGACUCGAUCCUCGACUCGGUGGCGUGGCUCGGCCACACGCCCGUCGCGGUCACGUACAGCUCGGACUACUUCCCGCAGCUCUACGACCUGGCGCUGCAGCUGAUCCGCUCCGACGGCGCCUACGUCUGCCACCAGACCGCCGAAGAGAUCAAGGCGUCGCGGAUGGCGCUGCGCAACUACCACGGCAAGGAGAACCUGCUCCUCUUCGAGAGGAUGCGGACGGGCAGGUUCGGCGAGGGCGAGGCCGCGAGGGUCGUUACGCUCCCCGUCGCUUGCGACUUGCUGUCGGACAACUCGUCACUCUGGGACCCGGCGGCGUACCGCGUCCUCUUCCACUCACACCCGCGCACCGGCGACGAGUGGUGCGUCUACCCGACCUACGACUACACCCACUGCAUCGUCGACUCGCUCGAGGACAUCUCGCACUCGCUCUGCACCCUCGAGUUCGGGCAGCGCCAGGCGGUCGACGGGCCGUACUACUGGCUGCUGCACGCCCUGCGGCUGUACAAGCCCGUGACGUGGGAGUACUCGCGCCUCAACAUCACGCACACGCUCAUGUCGAAGCGCAAGCUCAAGUUCCUCGUCGAGGGCGGCUUCGUCUGCGGCUGGGACGACCCGCGGCUGCCAACCAUCGAGGGGCUCCGCCGGCGCGGCUUCUCCGCAGCGAUGCUCAACCGCUUCUGCGACGAGGAUGGCGUCGGCGUCACGAAGGCCGCCAUGACUGCGCGGUGGCAGGUCGUCGAGCAUGUCGCGCGCACAGCGCUGGACGCCUCCGCGCCGCGCCGCUCCGCCGUGGAGCUGCGCGGUCUCGCGGCGGGCGGGAAGCCGUUCGAGUCGCCGAACCACCCGCGGAACGCAGAGAUGGGCGCCCGGCGGCUCGUGCUGCCCGAGACCAUCUACAUCGACCGCGACGACUUUCGCGAGGCGCGAGCCUCCGUGGACGCGCCGAGCUUCUUCGGCCUCGCGCCCGGGAAGGAGGUUGGCUUGCUCGGCGCCGGCGUGACCAUCCGCUGCGACGAGGUGGUGAGGGGCGGCGACGGCGGCGUGACCGCGCUCGUCUGCUCGGCGGACGGGUCCGCCGAGCGCAACAAGACCAAGGGCCACCUGCACUGGGUGUCUGCGGCCGAGGGGGUGCGCGCCAAGGUGCGCGUCUACGGUGUCCUCUUCACGCCCGAGGACCCCGAGGGCGAGGCUGCCAAGCUCAAGGGCGGGGGCGGCGGGGGCGACGAGGAGGGCGAGGGCGACGAGGCGGACGAGGCGGAGGCGGCCUCGCCUGAAAGCGCGAGCUACUCGCGGGCCGAUGGCGCCCGGCUCGGCUUCUUCUGCGUCGACACGGACUCCACGGCGGAGGCGCCCGUCUUCAAUCGCAUCGUCCCGCUCAAGGAGGACAAGGAGAAGAAGGCCGGGUGAGGGGCGCACGCGCCGGGCGCGCCACGUUCCCACAGUCAGAUUGCCAUCGGUAGAGAGCCAGAUCGCGCCGAGCCGCGGUGGAGCGCCGCGCCACACCGCUCCGCCACCACUGCGCCACAGUGUAUACGCACGCAGCGCCACAGUGGCCAGGAGGCGUGGCUGUACUGUUUUUAUCCGUAUGAAAUCA